AUGACCGGCCGGCACAAAGCAAUCCGUCUUCCACCUCUCAAGACCCUGCGCGUCCACAACCCCAAGCGCCAGGUCGAGAAUCCCUGCAUCGCCAUCAUGUCCAGCGUUCUCGCAUGCUGGGCCUCAGCAGGCUACAACGCAACGGGCUGCGCAGCGGUAGAGACCCAGCUCCGCAAAUGCAUGGACGGUCCGGCUCCUCCCCCCGCGGGCACGAACACGAUUAACUACCAUCUCGCACGAAUGCAAAAGUACAUGACCGGGCCGAGGAAGCAAAAGUAG